CUCUGCACACAGACCUCGACACACACGGCGCACAGCGAAAGUUUUCGCCCAACUUUCUCAUCGAUGGAAAUGGCGGAAGCUGACAAGUAAGGUCUGGGGUUGUGAAUGCUGUUAUACACCAACCGCCUGGACUGGAGCUUUGCGCAUGCGUUAAUUAGGCCUGACUCAAAGGGACAGCUGUGGCUGGAGUCUGCCCGUCCCUGUCUUGUGAACUCGAUAUCACAGGACCACCUUCAGGGAAUUUCUUCAAAUUUGGCACAAACAUUGACUUGGACUCAGGGUUGAACUGAUUAGAUUUUGGUAGUGAAAGGUCAAAGUCACUGUGACCUCAACUGGCGAGUUGACUGGUUGGCACAGAGCACAGAACAGAGAGACGGGAUGGAGGAGGAGCAGGUCGACUCCUCUCUUGACUUGAGCCACCUGACAGAAGAGGAGCAGUCCGCCAUCCUGCAGGUCUUACAGCGUGACUUAGAGUUGCGUCAUCUUGAUGAAAGACGCGUAAGGAUCCUCCAGCAGACAGAAACAGACCAGACCCGCCUGCGCUCCCUGUCGGGGGCGUGGUUCAGGGAGGAGCGCAGCAAACGCCACCGCACCUGGUCGGGCAGCGCCCUCGUCCACGCCACCAUACGCCACAGGAACGCAAAGAGCAGAGAUGUGCCCCUGACUGGACUGUUCAAUGGCGAGAGAGAGGAAACCUCCCACAACAACAACACCUCUCCUGAGGCUGAGGAAAGACUGAAGGACAGUGGAGACGAGGAAAGCAGAGGGAGUCAAGGAAGUUUGAAACCUACACCCACACCCAGAACAAAAACUCCUGCUGCACAGGGUCUCCAGCAUAGGAAUAAUUCCUCAUCAUCCAAAGAGUCUGAAAGGAGAAGUAAUGGCCACUCAGAGGAAACGGAGGAAGACUGUGACAGUCACAACGGGGACACUGACUCGCUGAGCAGCAGCUUGACAGAGCCAGAUCCGACGUCUCUGAAAACCAGCAGCUCCAACGGCAGCCUUCAUUCGGGCUACACGCUCAGUGGAAGCAUGAUGAGUCUGUUCAGCUCGGGGGAUUUUGGAGUGGUCGAGGUGAGGGGCCGCAUCCAGUUCUCAUUGGUUUACGACACCCAGAAGGAGGAGCUGCAAGUGAAAGUGUAUGGCUGCGAGGAUAUCGCCACGGCACGAAAGAACCGCUCUGACCCAUAUGUAAAAGCCUAUCUAUUGCCGGACAAGUCGAGUCACAGUAAGAAGAAAACAUCGGUGAAGAAGAAGACACUAAACCCAGUCUAUGAUCAGAUGCUCCGAUAUAAAGUGCGGAUCGGAGAGCUUCGCAGCCGGACCUUGAACCUGUCUGUGUGGCACGCCGAGCCCCUGGGGAGGAACGUGUUUCUGGGAGAGGUGGAGGUGUCUCUGGGGCUCUGGGACUGGACCUACACACAGCCACUGUGGCAGGACCUGCAGCCACGGGUUAAUAUGAAUCCAGACUCCAUUCGCAGUCGUGGGACCAUCAUACUCUCUAUUAAGUUCAUCCCAGACGGAUUCGAGGGUGGUGGUCUGCCUCUGACAGGAGAGCUUCACAUCUGGCUUCGGGAGGCUCAAGGCCUGCUGUCCAACAAAGGGGGCCCUGUAGACUCCUUUGUUAGAAGCUACAUACUCCCAGAUGCUAGCCGACAGAGUGGUCAGAAGACGCGCAUGGUGAAGCGCUCCAUCAGCCCUACCUACAACCACACCAUGGUGUACGAUGGCUUCCACACCAGCGACCUGAGAGAGGCCUGCGCUGAGCUGAGCGUCUGGCACCGCGAAGGGUUAAAAAUGCACGUCCUAGGAGGGAUUCGUCUGAGCUGUGGAACUGGUCAAAGUUAUGGGGAGGACGUCAGCUGGAUGGACUCCACAGAGGAGGAGGUCACUCUGUGGACCUCCAUGAUCAACAACCCAAACCACUGGAUCGACGCAACACUGCCAAUCAGAACUAACCUCACACACCGGCCCUAGUGACACACUUUGUACACAAACACACGUUCAUAUGCAUGUUCAUGAAGUGGUUGGACUGAAAGGACGCACUCGACACAUUUAACCUUACUGUCACACACAUACACUGUUUAUUUCUGUUUAUUUCAUACAAACACCCACACCCAACACACACACAGACAGCAGUAGUGGUGCAAUAUUGUGAAUUAAUGGUGUAGAUUAAAACAUAUUUAGUUGUCAAACCAAAUCAGUCUGCAUUUCAGACGUUUUCUUGUAUGCUUUGGUUCAGUUUGUGUCUUCUCUGACAUGAUUGCCUUUGUAAUCUAUUGUUGUUUAUUAAUUAAAUAUCAAACCUUAGCUGAUGAACCAGCCAGUGUUCUUUGCUUACUAAAUUAAAAAUAAUACAUCAAGGAGAUAAAGAUGGAGGGAUAAUUUUAAGAACUUAACCACAUACUUCAAAUUGUUUCCCAUGUCUCUUGAAUUUUUUGGCGUGUGCCAGAAAAACAGCCCUGCAGUUGCAUAAAUUUAUUUUUUACUUUUUAUGCAUUAGCUGACUGCCAUCUUGUGGUCAGACUUUAUACUUACACUUUGUACUUUCAGGCAAAUUACAGAGGUGACAGUA